AUGACCUUCUCCGAUUGGUUAAAAUCACGCCGCCAGGGUGACACAGAGCCCGUCCCUGCUGUAGACUCUGGCUCUGAAACUUAUCCGGAGUCCGAUACAUCUUCAGAUGAUGACGGAAACUCGGAGUCGGCGUUGGCAGAGAAAGUGCGAGAGAAGCUUGGUGCCGUGAUUCCGAACACUGUCUUUGUUGCAGAGAGAGUGAACAAGUCUGAAGCACGUCGCCUCUAUGAGGAAGUACAGCAGAAAGACUCUUACAAAAAUUGGCUCAACUCAUCAAGGUCAGAGAAGUUGUUGGUUUACUACCAACCCGAGAUAACUGACCACCUCAACGGUGUUUCGCCGCUUUCUGAUCUCUGCAUGCGUGCGAGAUACGAUUUCCUCAACCAAGGGGAGAGACCCCGCGAAGGGGAGAAUCAACAUGGCAAAAACAUUGUUCUUUUGUGGUUUUCUAGUCAGCACUCUGGCAAGCACCAAGAUGUGCACAGGAGUCGCGGUAAAAGAGCAAGGGCGAUGCUGGGGUCUUUGACAAGCCAGCUUAUUACAGAGUGCCGACACAGGGAUAUUCCUAUGAAAGGCCUGGAGAAGUACAAUGAUCGCGCUGUCACCCGGCACAUGAAGAACCGGUUGGAGCUUUUCAAGAUGUUGGUGCGACAGAUACCAUCCGAUUACAAACUCGCAUGCAUUAUUGAUGACGUCUGCUACUUUGAUCAGCCUGAGCUUUGGGACGGCGCAUGCCAAGUCUUUGAGUGCUUGCUUUCGCUGGACAAGGACAAGAAGGUGAAAGCCAAGGUCAACAUGCUCUUCACCAGUACGGCGAAACCAAAGCUUGUGUAUGAUUACUUCCAAAAGCCGGAUCGUACUAUUGUGUACGAUGACAUCUAA